AUGAAACUGCUGAAAGCAAUAAACAACAUUGAAAAGGAUAGAGUUUCCAGUGAUAUGUCAUCCUGCUCCACCCCAAGCGUUAGCAGUCGAGGUACCAUGGAAGAAAAUAUCACACUCCAAAAUACAAUACCACUUGAAUAUUCUCCGAUUAGGUAAGUUUUAAAUUAUGAAAAGGAAAGUACCAUGAAGCGCCAGUGCUCUCCCCUUAAUGAAUAAAAUUGUCUGGUGUUAGACAGAGAAAAAUAAUAAUAAAGUAGGGUGCAAUGAAACUCAAGGCAUUAACCAGACACAUGGCCAGAUCGGCCAGUUCACCCAUUAAAUGCCAGCCCUCUCCCCUUGACAAGUAAUUAUAAUGUUGUCCGGCAUUUAAUAGACACAGUAAAAUAAUAAAGUGGGGCGCAUCAGAAUGCAAUGCGACUGGUGGUUAACUAGACACAUGAGAAGAUAGGCCAGUUCACUCAUAAUUUAAGCGCCAGCGCUCUCCCCUUGACAAGUAAGGUCAUCUGGCAUUAAACAGUAAAUAAUAAAGUGGGCUCAAUGCGACUCAAUGAUUUAAUUAUAAUUUUGAAAUUUAUGUGUUAUGCAACAUCCCAUUGAUAAAAACAUUCCUAAAAUGCUAUUUGAAACAGAUUAUCCAAGCAAAUGCUAGUGAGAAAUUAGCAGGUAACACAACAGCCUGCUGGCAUUGCCCUCAGACACUCAACCUGGGCUUUAUCCAAGCACCAACUGACCUCCGGUAAACGGAGGACAAAACUCAAUCUUGGAUUUAGUUUUUAAACUGAAUCUUUCCCCCAACGAAGAAAAAACAACAAAGAAUAAUUUUCACAUGCUUUAGUUUUUGCAAUUCCGAGAAACAGGGUUAUAUAAUAUUAUUUGUGUUGUUCUUUUUCAAAAUAAAAUGAUAUGUUAUUGUUUAUGUUAUAAAGCUACCUCCAUCGUAUUUUUUUGUGUCUUAUGCCCACCAUCCUUAGAUGGCAUGCAUUUUUGAAUUUCUGAUAAAAAUUUUGUUUUUAUUUAGCUAAUUCAACUAACAUUUUGUGUUUUUAUUUAGCAACUGCAAAGGGGCGACACGGAAAUGGGAAAACCCUUUCCCACUACCAGAAAGGUUUCAACCUUGUGUCCAAGAUGCUUUGAACAAGAAUAUGUUCCUUACUAAACAGUUGAGGUGCAAGUUUAUACAAGCUGUUUAUGACCGGAUAUGCUUGUUCACCAUGUAAGUUUGAAGAUUCAACCUUGUUGAUGGCCUGCAAAUUAGUGCCGGUCAUCGACAUUGUCCAGGAAAAUUUUCACUUUUGUCCAAUCAAAACGUUUUAUGACUGGACAUGUGACCGACCAAUUUAGGCUAGUCAAAUCUGAAAUCUCCAAUAUCAAAAAAUUGUUUAUUUAAUUAACACAUUUUUAGUCAAUGAAAGCAAUAUAGACAGCACUUCUCCACUAUUUCUUGCUACUUUAUUAAGCCAUUUAUAAGAUUUAAUUAUAAAUCUAUAUCUUCUUCGUAUUUGUAACCUGAACCAUGAUUUACUGAUGCAUCAGGCCUUGUAGAUAUAUACUAAGUUUUAGUUGCAUUGAUGUGCGGACUAACAGGACCAGGCAAAAAAUACAUUGUGCUCAUUUUCAAAACAAAUUUGAAAAAUUUUACUUUGUCCUGGAAAAUUGAUAAAUGACAGACCAAUUUUGGCUUGGCCUGUCAUUUGUCCUUCCAAGUAAAUUAGUUAUUUUCAGGCCUGUUGUUCCCUACAAAAAUUAUAAUGUUUGUUUUGUCUGCAUUAAUUAAACUAAUAAACUUUCUUUAUAGUUCACCUACUCCAGAUCAACGAAGGGAUGUUUGCAGGGCAAUAGUCACCAGGUACCCUUUCUUGACAGAUGUUGUUGGUGGUCUUGUAAGUAUUAUAAUGGUAUGAUCAUUGUAUAAUUAGAGUCAUGUGGUUAACCCGAAAUUUGUGUUCCUUUUUAGCACUGGAAGUCAGCACCGAGCAUGUGCAAUAGAACCAGUACUCUCGGUUCACAUUUCCCAAACUUUAAGGCAUACCUGUAGCUAAUCUUCAAAUCGAGUAGGUAGCCAAUCCUCAAAUGAAGCUAGGCUAUGCCACAUUCUUGUACCAAGAGCCUGUCUUACGUGCGGUCAACAGAGCAUGACAGGGUUCGAGGGGUACGAUGGUGGGUUGCGCCACAACUGCACAGAUCUAUCAAAAUUUAGCCUCUGAACAAGAACAAAAUGUGAAGUGUGCACCUAGAUAACUAGUUCCAAUUGAUUUUUGGAGUUAGCAACACAGCAAUUAACUUCAGGCUUACAUAUCUUACAGCCUAGGCUGGCUCGCUACACAUACUCUUUGGAACUAUGCAGUUAGCCCAUAACUUUUUCAUGCUAUUUGGAAUUAUACCUCGCUUCAAAUGAUUUUUGCAGUAACUCCAGGCUUAGAUACUUAGCUCAUAAGUUAUUUCUGAUUGUUAUGAUGAUUUUUGGAGUAAGCCAGUAACUCCACAAUUCCUAUUUCAAGUAGUUUUGAAUUACACAAGUGCAUAUUUUGGUUUGGAAUUAGCACUUUAGACUUUGGAGGUAGCGUCGCGUCAUAACUUCCUAAUUUCUACAGACAUGCUUUAUUAAAGGAUUUUUGUUUUUAUUAAUUUGCAAGGUUUACCUCUUGACAUUUAAAACAUCUGACAAUUUAGACUACUAAGCAGAAUAAAUUAUAGAGUUCACCCUUAACAAUGAAAUGACUUUGUAUUGUACCUAGAAAUUGACAGGCAAGGCACCCUUGUCUAGGGCAGGCUGUUGAUCAUUUUUUUAUUUUAAAGGAAAUCUGGUAUCGACAAUUGGGUGACAAAGUUAAAAACGAGGUCCGGAAUGAGAAAAGUGAUCCUGUGGUCUUGGCAAGAAAGAGAAAAACACCAGUGGAGUAUCCAGUUGUCCUAAAUCCCGGGCUGUGGUCAGACGGGGAAUUGUAA